AUGGAAUCUACUAAACCCUCCCCAUCUGUAAAUUGGCCUGGACUCUUGGAAUAUGCCACCAAGAAGCGAAACUCAAAUGCCACCCAUCCCAAAUGCAUUUUACUACCCGAUAUUGGUCUUGGCUACAACCACCUUGUGCGGAUCAUUGAAUUUAGCGACUCAGUUCGAUGGAUAGCGCGGAUUCGUAUGCCUUGUCUAGGAGAGACGACUUACGAUGAGACGACUGUGAAAAGAGGAAUGAUUUGUGAGCUCAAUGCAAUUUCCCUCGUGCGUCAAAAGACCCGUCUACCUACCCCUGAAGUCCACGCCUUUGAGAUGAGUAGCGAUGGUAUUGUCAAUGCACCGUUCAUGUUGAUGGAUUGUUUGGAAGGUAAUGUGGGGAUGGAUUUGGAUAUGGAGAUACCGGAAGAGUAUAUGCAGACUUUCUUGAACGGAAUGGCAAAAAUACAUGUCGAGCUAUCCGCAGUGCAGUUGCCCAAGGUUGGAACCAUCAUCUCUAUAAAUGAUGAAGGCACAUACGAGCAAGGCCCCAUUCCAGGAAUCGGUGGACCUUUUAAUACGGCAACCGAAUUCUACCAAGCUCGGGCAUCUCGUGUUAAAUUUCCUCUGUCGGAAGAGAAAUUACGAGCAUUAUCUGGACCUGGAUACGCUGCCGAAAUCAUCCACGGAGUAGCUUCAUUCCCCGAAGCCAUCUGCAUAAUAGCCAGUAAACUAUCUGUUCGUGAUAGCGGUCCCUUUCCCCUUUGUCACGGUGACUUUGGUCACAAUAACUUGAUUGUCGAUGACCAAUAUAGGAUUAUUGGGUUAAUCGAUUGGGAAAUGGCAUUUGCAGGACCUUGGGAGAUAUUUGGAGAUUUCCCUCUAACCCUCUCGGUGAUUCCGCCUGCUAUGGACGCACCUUUCAACUAUGAUGAAAAUGGGGAACCCAAAGAUCCUGAAUUGAUUCGAAGAUUUACCAACCAGAUGGAAUAUAUUGCCGCCGUGAAAAAGGCUGAGAGUCAAAGCAAUCAUGUCUAUGACCAUGAAUAUUCUCUUUCGAAAGCUCUCAGUGAUUCAAAGAGGCAACAAAUAGCUACUGCUAUGAGGCUUUAUGAUAAUGGAAAAGCUGGGGUUUACUCUAAGUUGAUGGAUCAAUCUCUACUGUGA